AAACCUUAGUUUUUACCUUUUCCGCGAGCUUGACUUUCAUUUCUCCAACCGCUAAGCACAGAUAAAUCAAAGAAAAACAUUUAUUUCUCUUCGGAAAUGAACUCAGACGGGGGCGACAUGAUUUAAUGCUAAUCGAAAAUGCAUUUGUUACUCAGGUUUACUCAGGUUGGAAAUUUCUCGCUUGUAGAUAGUAAUGAAUGUGAAAUAAAAAUACAUUUUUAAGGAAACUCAGCUCAAAUUCGAAACUCGUGUCAGUUGCAUAAACAACCAAGAGUUCUCUGUAAAAAAAAAUGGUUCGUUUGUCUUUUUUUUUGCACCAAAUCAAAGUUUUUCCAUGUUAAGUUGAAAGUUUUUCAAAGUUCGCCCACGCCUUAUCUGCUUUUGAAGUUCGGUCGAGUUUUUCCGCUGAAGUCCUGGGCAGGAGCCAAAGCCAAAGCCAAAGAACCAAAGAACCCAAUGAGCACGUGUGUUAUGGAUUGACUUUCAAAUGAGCCCGGAUUUCUUAUGACUUGUUGUGGUGUCAUAAAAAGAGGUCGGGUAAUUAAUUCCCGGAACCGCAAAACAAACAAAGGCGAGUUGUGUCAAAGUUUCGUCAAGUAAACCUUCAACAGGCAGCCAAUAAAUGCACUUCAAAAGCCAAAUUGAGCCUGUCCUUAAUCAAACCGCUGCCGUAAAUGUGAACCGAAACCCGAGAAUUUAAGGUGCAAAUUAAACUUAAUCAACAGCCUUUGCGGUGAAAUAUUAUAACUAACCGAAGUCAAGCAAAACGAGCUAGGCAAAAGGACCAUGGCCAUGGAGGGCAAGUGCUUUGGCUGCAUUGCAACGCCAAUUCUUGUUAUAGUGUUAAGCGUUUCGAGAGCUUGUGCAAUGCAGCAACACCACCUGGGUCCUGCAUCCCACAGCCCACAGCAUCCAGGAAUUCAAUCAUUAUCAAAUAUCGUGGACGGCAAUAGCAACCUGUUGCCCAUAAUUUCUGCGCCAUCGCCCAUUGAUAAUGAUUACGUUUACAUUGCUUCAGUCAAUAGCAAAUUUCCCCAGUUCGGCAACGCUUUGGAUGAGGAGCAGGAGACCGAGGAGCAGCAGCCGGAGGAGACCACCUAUCCGCCGCCCAUUUUCGACUUUGGGAUGCCCAGAAACAUUACGACCAGGACGGGACACACGGCGGCCAUCAACUGCCGCGUGGACAAUCUGGGAGAUAAAUCGGUAUCCUGGAUAAGAAAACGCGAUUUGCACAUUCUGACUGCAGGCAUUUUGACCUACACAUCUGAUGAGCGUUUCAAGGUGGUGCGGACCGCCGACUCCAAGGAUUGGACAUUGCAUGUGAAAUAUGCCCAGCCACGUGACAGCGGCAUCUACGAAUGCCAAGUGAAUACGGAGCCAAAGAUUUCGAUGGCAUUCCGCCUGAAUGUCAUAGUAACGCCGCCAGAUGCCAAGGCGAUUAUUGCCGGCCCCACGGAUUUGUACGUCAAGGUGGGCAGCAGCGUCACACUCACAUGCCUCGUCAAGCAGCCGACGACGUCAGCGCAGGAUAUUGGGCCAAUUUACUGGUACCGCGGCCCCUACAUCCUUACACCCUUCGUGGCGCAUCCGAAUGACGCGGCCAUCGACUUGCAGCGCAUCUCCAUGGAGUCCACGCUGGCGGAGAAACUGCAGAGCAGAUUACGCAUCGCCAAUGCUCAGCUGCUGGACACGGGCAACUAUACGUGCAUGCCGACCACAGCGGAAGCGGCCAGCGUGGUGGUCAAUGUCAUCAAUGACGAGAGUCCAGCAGCGAUGCAGAAGAGCAGAGCGAUGCACAGUAGUCGCAGCAGUGGGCUAGUGCUAGUGCUAGUGGCCAUGGUGGCCAGUUCCGUGGUGCGAUGGCUCAUUGGUGGCUGCCACUGGGACAGCAAGAGCUGCCGCGAUUCCUGCUCGAAUUUACACACUCUGCAUAUCAAUUAUAGCCAGCUUAACGCAAAAUCAGCACCAACAUCAGCAUCAGCAUCUGCCAGCCACUUGGAGCAGCAUCGAUUUCCGGUCGAAUCAUGAUAAUUAAGUAUUUGCCACUUUUAAACAUCCUGUAUAUAAAACUGAAUUCAUAGUUAAGCAUAUUAUGUAUGUGUGUAAAUCCGAUAUAUGAGAGAUGGGAAAACUGUGAGGAAUAAUUAGUUCAUAUUUCUGCUUUUGCCCUCCCAAAACUUUAUUGUUCGGUUAUCAAACUUUUGGAAUGUUUGUGAAACAUUUCAACUUUCUGCAUUUAUUCAGAACUGCAGUGGUUUCCCAUCGGGCAUAUAGUAAACUAAACUACAACUACAUUUAAUGCUAAUUUUUAUGCCUAGCGUAAAUAUUUAUGUAACUAUAAAAAAAUAAAAGAUGGUGCCCAGGUAAUUAUCAAAUGUAAUAUUAAACGAAAUUUCGCCCGAUAAUAACAUACAUUUAGCGAUAACAAACACAGAAUUCAUUGCAUCGUUAAUUUCCGAAUGCAAAUAUUAUUAUUGGGGUAUGUUCUGUUAUUGCAAUUAGCUAAUUAUAUUUGUCACUGUGAAAACACUCGAAAUCUAAUUGAACCUAACUCUCAUUAGAACGUCAGGCGUUAAAAAACGAAACUAAUUUAAAUUGCGCCAUCAGCAAAAAAAUAAAAACACAAAACGGCCACAAUUAAUUUGGAUUCAAUUAAGUUAUAGAUAUAUGAACGAUUUGUAACCAUAUAUAUCGAAAUUCUCAAUGAGAAACAAUAAAAUGUAUUUUGUUGAAA